AUGUCAGCUAACCAAAUCUACUCUGCGAAGUACUCCGGUGUGGAUGUAUAUGAAUAUAUACAUCCCACGGGCUCAAUCAUGAAGCGCAAGAUGGAUGACUGGGUCAACGCUACUCACAUUUUGAAAGCGGCGAAAUUCCCUAAGGCUAGACGGACUCGGAUUUUGGAGAAGGAGGUCAUAAAAGACACACAUGAAAAAGUGCAGGGUGGUUUUGGGAAAUACCAAGGUACCUGGGUGCCUCUGGUCAUAGCUCGGAACCUAGCCAAGAAGUUUGACGUUCUCGAAGAGCUAAAUCCAUUGUUCGAUUUUACUCAGGUGGAAGGCUCCGCAUCACCACCAAGAGCUCCAAAGCACCACCAUGCGUCUCGUGUAGACUCCACCAGAAAAAAGGCUACGAAGGCUUCCUCGACCAACCCUGGCCAUGCCACCAGAUCAAGGACUGUCGAGUCUUCAGGCGAUUCUACUACACCCACGGUCCCGAAAAGGAGGGGUCGCCCUCCUUCUAACAAGUAUAAAAAUGGUGCAUCUAACAAUUUAGAGAGAUCUCAGAGCGAUAUGGUUUUUCCUCGCCCGGCAAUACCAGUAUCCAACAUUUCGUCUAAGAAACUGCCGUCGUUACAAAGCCCUCUACAAAGAACUAUAAGUUUAGAUCCAGCUAUAAUACGAGAAUCUGGUACGACUCCACAGCAAUUUAAGGAACUUGACAUUGAAGAUGGUCUCUCGAGCGACAUCGAACCGGCGGCCGUCACAAAUGUCGAGCGUGCUCGUUCCACUUCGUCUUCCAUCCCUACGUCACCGAGCGGAUUUUCUGAGGAUCACACGUUUGAUCAGCGUGCUGUUGCUGGAUCGGCUGGUCAUGAUGAGUUAGGAAGUGCGACAUCCCCCAUAUCAGCUAUGAUACCCCGCUUCAAUAAUCAUUCCUUCUCUCAAAGUACUGAUAUUAAUGUUAAGGUAAAUGACUACCUUUCAAAGCUUGUGGACUUCUUUGUUUCAAAUGAUAUGCACGCUGAAGAAAACGUUCCAUCUGAGCUGUUAUUUCCACCUCAAAAUAGUGCGCCUUACAUUGAUGCAUGGAUAGAUCACGAACAUCAUACCGCAUUUCACUGGGCUUGUGCAAUGGGUAAUUUGACAAUAGUGGAGGCUUUAUACAAUGCUGGAGCAAGUACGCGUGCUGUCAAUUUACGGGGUGAGAAUCCACUGAUAAGAUGUUCCAUUUUUCAUAACUCAUUCACCAGACGCACCUAUCCUCGCAUAUUUCAAAUUUUGCACGACACUAUUUUUGAUGUGGAUUCCAAACUACAAAGUGUGAUCCAUCAUAUAGUAAAACGGAAAUCCUCAACACCGUCUGCAGUCUUUUACAUGGAUAUUGUAUUAUCGAAACUAAAAGAUUUCUCUCCUCAGUAUCGCAUCGAAAAUUUAAUCAAUGCUCAAGAUCAGAAUGGUGAUACUGCCGUUCAUAUUGCAGCUCAGAAUGGCGACAAGGAAUUUUUUGAACGUUUGAUCCAGCAUGGUGGUCUUGCUACAGUGAAGAAUGGAAAUGGUUAUACCGCGAUGGAACUUAUCAAUCAGAGCAUACAGGCUUCUCAAGCGUCGUCUGUAACUAAUGGAAAGGUCAAGUCCCAGCAUUCUCCUUCGUCACCAUCGGAAUAUUUAAUGUACCCAUCUCAAGCAGCUAACCGUUUGAGUCGAGGCAUACCUGAGGUGGUGAACAUAAUGAAGGAAAUGUCAGACUUGUACAACAGAUUGCAUCAAACCAGAGAAACAGAUUUGGCCAGCAUGGAGAAAACAUUAAAGACUCUUACUAAGACUAUCUCUUCGGUAGACAUGAAAACUACGGAAGCUCUAGAAGAAGAGAGUGACGCCCCUCAAUGCGACAUUGAACAGCUUCUUGCAAUACGAUCAGCAGAGGUUAAAACAAUGCAAGCCCAGUUUGCACAAUGUCGCAGUCAAGUGUACAGACAGUUAGAAAGGGGACAAGCAGAGCAAUUGGCCAAGUUUGUUCAUGAACGGGAGGCUAAGAUCUCCGAAUUUGCUAAUGGGGAGGAAUCUAAAAGUAAUAGAGUUGAGCAGAUGAAGCUGGCACUUCAACUGUCUCAAUUACAAUUGCAGCGCAGGCAAAAACUAUCGGAAAUUCUCUCAUUGAUUGGGGACAACUCCAAGAUCUACAAAUAUCGGAAAAUGAUAUCUCAUGGGACGGAGAUUGAUAUUGGCGAAGUGGACGGCUGUUUAGACGUCAUACUUCACAGUCUCAGCAAAAUCCAGUAG